UCUUUCUGUGCGGAAGGUCCCUGGGACUAGUAGUUUCAAUCAAGGUUAUUAUCAAGAAUGUCAACUCGUACGUCGACUGUCUCAUGGAUACUACUGACAUUACUGUUGUUAAACCUGUCACUGAUGCAUGGAAAAGAUAUUGGAGACAAAUGUACGAUUGAUAGUCCGGAGGGAUCAUCUGCAGGGGUAUGUAAAAUCUUGAAGAAUUGCCCGUCAGUUUACGAUGCACUGUUAGCCGGCCAUACACCAAAAAUGAGCUGCGGAUUUAUGGGCUUCGAACCGAUAGUUUGUUGUCCAACGGGUAACGAUAUAACUAAAGUGACGACAUCGAAACCGACCACAAGCACAGAAAGUACAAACACGCCAAUACCUUGGAUAUCCGACGGCAGCAGAGGAUCAUUAGCGCGAGCAAUAUGUGCGGACAACGCGAAAGCUGUUUAUGGUUUAGAGACACCACCUACACUCUUACUUGAUCGAACUCCUGUGAACACUUCGAGAUGUGCCCAGACUUCACGUAAAUUGAUCGUCGGAGGUAAGAAAGCAGAACCGAAAGAAUUUCCGCAUAUGACGGCCAUUGGAUACGAUGCUGGCGCAAGUGGUAUAGUGUGGAAAUGUGGUGGUAGUCUAAUCUCAAAAAGGAUCGUUCUGACAGCUGCUCAUUGCACUUAUACCAUAGACUGGGGAAUUGCAAAAUGGGCACGAAUUGGUGAUUUGAAUCUGUUACAAACAAAUGAUAGCACACAGCCGCAAACGAUCAAAAUUAUCGAAAGGAUAACGCAUCCUAAUUACAAACGCCCAUCGGCAUAUCACGACAUAGCAGUGUUGAAAUUGGAAACCUCAGUUGAUUAUACCGCAUGGGUGAGGCCAGCAUGUCUCCCGAUUGACAUGCCUGAUAUUGGUCGUGACGGCAAAGCAAUUGCCACUGGAUGGGGACGAGUCGAUUGGGCCGAGGAAACGGGUUCAGAUAAUCUAUUGAAAGUGACAAUUAAUUUGAUUUCACAAGCAUCUUGCAAUGAGAGCUUUUACGAUGGGGAUAGCCCCCAGCUUGCAUUAGGCAUUGUUGAUGACUGGCAAAUAUGUGCGGGAGAAUUGGGAAAAGACACUUGUCAGGGCGACAGCGGAGGACCUCUCGCCGUUUUCAGCACGGUUCACGACUGUAUGUACAAUGUAAUCGGUGUCACCAGUGUUGGACGACUAUGCGGAAGCAUCGUACCCGGAGUGUAUACUCGAGUUUAUCAUUACAUCCCCUGGAUAGAGAGGACUGCAUGGCCGGAAUACUUCCAACAGAACUGAGAAUUAUCUAUUAAAUAUAUUUCUUUUUUAUUCAAUGCAUAAUGAUACUUAUAGUUCGUCCUUACGAUAGAUUUUCGUCUUUAAUCUUAACUUUGAACUUAUUUUAUCUUACUACUCCUAGAGAAAGGUAUUAUUGAUAAUCAUUAGGAAAAAUACUAAUGACUAAUCACUGAUCCGUAUUUCAAUGAUUUUUUGACCAAUUACUGUAGAAAUUAACUAUUGCGUCUAUAGAAUAUUUGCAGUAAAAUUAUGUUGAUGCAAACGAAAUAAAAUAAACCAAUGUUACAUCAUUUCAAUAAAAAAACGUGUCAUUUUUAUUUGUAUAUUUUUUUAUCUUAUAAUAUGCUUUUUCGCGGUUUCGAUCAUGAAGUAGUCAUCCAUGUUGUUCAUGAAAAUGCCUGUCAGUGCAUGGAAGUUCGGGAUGCCGAACUUCGCAUAGUCGCGAAUGAGUCGCACAAUAAAAAAAUCGUUCGUUGAACGAGAAUAACGAAUAUAUUUGGUUAUUCUUGCAAAUGCUUUUGUACGUAGCAAAGUACGCAAUUACAGUUUGUACGAAUGAUUAUCUGCGAGCCAUAUAGUUAAGCGAAUCCGGUAAUCACGAGAGCACGUCGUCUAUAAUUAAUCAAGACUGCCCGGAUUUUUCGAGACUUGGAGAGCCGAGACUCGCGUUAAACUACACUUUUAUUAACCCGAGCAAAAAUAUGUCUAUCAGAUUAGAUUUCAAAACUAGUAGAUAGAUAGUAAUAACUAGAUGAGUUUUCUAGCCAGUUACUAGUUCGUGAUUAGCUAAAUACUCUUAAUCAAUUUUUAUUAUCUAGUCAUUGGAUAGAAAAUAUGGUAGCAGAUGACGCUGUCUUUUCUAAAAUAUACAGUUUAGCUACUGUUUCGCCACUAGCAGGAUUAUAUUAAUCAGCACAUCGAAAUUAUGGUUAAAUUAUACUUAUGUUUCAAUAUCAAACUCUGUCUAGUCAUUAUCUACCCAAGCAGCACGUAAACGUUCGAGGAACGUUCGUUUUAUGUUCACUUGGUUUGGUUAUAUUCAAACA